AUGUUACGUACCUUGGGUUCGUCACGGAUUGUGGGCAGGUUGUGCAACAUAGGUGGUUACGGGAUCUCGGGGCCUCUUGUGUCUCAGUUACCGAGAAGGGCCAAAAGAUUCGUAUCCAGUGAAAUUCAACAGAAGGAUGAGCAGGCUGGUGAUUCAAUGACUGCAACUGAUACUGGUAUUAUUCACAAGACAGAAGAAGAAACCUUACUUUACUUUGAUAAUGUUUACCCUAGGACGACAUCAUUAUGGAGUCCAGCACAGUGGUACAACUUAUUACUGGCAAACCAGUCGAGGGAAGCCGUUAGAGAUAAAAUUAUGAGUUAUGCAAGUCCCCCAAGCAACCCUAUCAAUGGGCUAGAAUUGAGAUCUAGUAUUCCCGUAAAGCGAGAUGGUGGUGUCUUUGCUACAUUUUUAGUACCUCCGGAGUAUACAAAAGCCAAGGUCAAUUCUAUGAUCCAACAAAACACUUCAAAGGAAUCUACAAUACCAUUUCUAUCUUUUUUCACUAGAGCCGCUGCUUUUCCCGUCAAAGGUUCACCAUGGAUUGAAGAUUUAAGAAGAUUACCCACAACGACUAUUGUUGUAAAUUUUCAAGGUCCUGCAUUGACACAGGAGGAAAUGUAUUCUUUGUUUAGAAGAUACGGAUCUAUCAUUGACAUUUUCCCCUCUAAGGGUGCCGGUGUACCUGCUAAGGUAAAAUAUAGAUCUUUUAGGGGUGCUAUCUGUGCUAAAAAUUGCGUUUCUGGGAUUGAAAUUCACAACACUGUACUACAUGUAGAAUACGAAAGGAUCGUUAGAGGCCACAUGGUUAACAAUUUCUUUGUGAAUCAUACAAGGAUCGCUGUUCCCGUGUUCAUUGCACUGUUAUCAAUCCUUGCAGUUUUAGUCUUUGAACCCAUUAGGGAAUUCUUCAUCGAACAAAAGAUUACUCACAGAUAUUCUAUAUCCUGGGACAAUCAUUGGAUCAAACAAUUGGUUAAUUUCACAUCUUCUACCAUGUCGCAGUUUAGAUACUACUGGGGUACUCAAGAUAAUGUUAACAAUGACAAACACCUAUGGGAAGAACGUGUCGAGAAGGUUAAUGAUUUGAAAAUGUGGUUAGAAGAAAAUAACAACACCUUUGUUGUAAUUAGAGGACCUCGUGGUUCAGGAAAGCACGAAUUGGUCAUGCAACAUACCUUAAAUGAGAGGGAGAACGUUUUGUAUUUGGAUUGUGAUAAAUUCGUUAAAUCCAGAACGGAUGCUAAGUUCUUGAGAAACGUUGCUAGUCAAUUAGGGUAUUUUCCUAUUUUCCCCUGGUUGAACUCUGUUACUAAUGUGAUCGAUUUGAUGUUACAAGGUUUAACGGGCCAAAAGAGUGGAUUAUCAGAAACCAAAGAAGCUCAAUUCAGAAAUAUGCUAACCACAUCGAUGAUGUCUAUCAGACGCAUUGCACUACAGGGUUACAAACAAGCCGUUAAACAAGCCGGUGAUCUCAAUUUGAAAGAGGAGGAUUAUUUACAACAACAUCCUGAAGAGAAACCUGUAAUCGUUCUUGAUCGUUUCACUGGAAAAUCGGAAAUGAAUGGAUUUAUCUACAAAGAAUUAUCCGAUUGGGCCGCUAUGCUUGUACAGAUGAAUAUUGCACAUGUUAUCUUUUUAACGGAAACAGUCUCUCCUAACCACUUGCUAUCAGAAUCAUUACCAAGUCAAGUUUUCAAGACUUUAAUUUUGUCUGAUGCCUCUAAGGAAAAUUCAAGGAACUACGUUCUUUCACAACUACAUGACCAUUUGGAAAAUCCUAUAAAAGAAGCCCAAACGAAAAGUGGAAACGAUUUGGAAAAGGCACAAGAGCAAGAAAUACAGGAAGUACAUGAAAUCGAUGAAGUUCUCGAACCACUAGGUGGUAGGAUGCUAGAUUUGCAAGCAUUUGUGCGUCGUGUGAAAAGUGGCGAAGGCCCAAGAGAAGCAUUGGAAAAGAUGGUUGAACAAUCUUCUGAACAAAUCACUCAAAUUUUCCUGAGUGAUAAGUACGAUCCUAUAAAGAGUGCUCAGGCUUGGGAGUUAAUCGAACUCUUAAGCAAAGAAUCGGUGGUCCACUUUGAAAAUAUCGUCUUUAAGAACCUUUUCAAAGCCGCUCCAGAGACUUGUAUAACUGAGUUAGAAAACUCAGGUUUAAUUACGGUCUCUAGGAAUAGAGGUGUCCCAAGUGAGAUACAACCUGCUAAACCAAUGUUUAGGGCUGCAUUCCAGUUCUUGGUAAACGACCCUGAAUUAUCCACCAUCUUAAGAACUCGUUAUUUGCUUAAAGUCGUCGGCUUUGAAACGAAUAGAAUCAAGAAAUGGGAAGAAGAAUUGAGACCACUCGGUAAAUCUGGUGAGACUAAAAUGUUCAAGGACAGACUCAACUAUUUAUCCAAAAAGAUUGAUAUCAGUAAUGCAAUCAUUAACGAUUGCGAAGCUGAAAUCAAAAACUUGGCUCAAAAGAAGAGAUAG